AUGGGUAUGGGAGUCGAUUCGCGCUGCUACCGCCAUUUACGGACACGGCACCCCAACCACCAAAUCGCCUUCUACGACGCUGGUCAUGGUCAUUUCAAGAAUGUAGCCGACACGCGGGACAAAGAAGAACAUUCCCGGAAGCGACGACUUCUUGCCACCGGUUAUGCUCUUACCACACUCCUUCGGUGGGAAGACAAAGUCGCGAGCCGUAUCAAUGCUCUCUUGAACCAGUAUGAUAAGUUCUGUCUUCGGCUAGAUGUCGCGAGAAGGGCAGAUGCUAUUCCAGUGGAUCAUCGACGGUGGAUGGACAUUUUCACCAUUGAUGCGAUACACGACAUUGGCCUCAGUGCGAACCUCCGCCUAAUAGAGAAAGGCGAUGAUGUACUCGAGGUCCAAAAUUCGCGCGGCCAGUCCUACCAGUGUCAAUUCCGCAAGUCGCUGUGGGGGAACUUGCGGGUUCAUGCCUCAUUUGCCUGGGCUCCGCGGUGCGGAGUGUUAAAUGCUGGGAGUGAGACCACCGGCAUAGCUCUCGAGCGACUGCGGCGAGAAGUAGACGAGGCACUGGACGGAAUCGAAGAUACGAAAGUCGCGCCCUUUGCCAGAAUUCGUUACCUACCGUAUCUGAAAGUGUGCAUUGACGAGGGCUUAAGACUUCUGCCACCCAGCGCCACCACAACUCCACGAUACACGCCACCGUCGGGUCAGGACAUCAUGGGCUACUGGAUUCCGGGUAAUACUGAGGUGCUUUGUCCUACCUACAGCCUCCAAAGAAAUCCAGAUAUAUUUUCGAAUCCCGAUGUCUUUGAACCAGAGCGGUGGUUGAGUGACAAUGCUAAAGAUCUGCACACAUCGUUUCUUCCCUUCAGUGCAGGGCCAAGGGCUUGCAUUGGCAGGAACAUCACGUACAUGGAGCAACAAAUGUUGAUUGCAUCUCUGGUGCAUCGCUAUACGUUUGAGUUGAUUGCUCCUGAUUUCAAGCCAGCCGUGAUCUUUGGGGGUGUUGAAAUUAUGAGUUUGGAUACAUAG